AUGGACGGCAUCGACACUGUUGGUUCUGAGGUUUUGGCGGUUGACCGUCGGUUCACCUGGGAGUUGCGUGUGGACCGGCUUCCAGUGCUUUACACGCACCAGAAGGCCACGCGGCGGCGGGUGCUCCGCGAGGGCUCCCUGCGCCUUGCGGCGGGUCUGGCGGUGCUCCUGGAUGCUGAGAACCGGGCCCUGGACGAGCAAACGGUUACCGUCGCCUUGCUGGACCAGCUGGAGCGCGGUGAGGAGAUAGUCGCCGGUUACAGCGCGGGCUCCUACUUCGCAGCUCCCACAAUGACCAGCAUGUGGCCCUUGGCCCAGAGCCAAAGCAAAACCUCCUAA